AUGUUGUAUCCGACAACUAAAUUUCUACUUCUUUUGUCAAUAUUCACACUUUCGGAUCCACUUCGAAUUCUGCAAAUUGUUCCUGGAUUCACGAAUUCGCAUGUUCUUUUUAACUAUAGAUUGGCAGAGACUCUCAGAUUUCUCGGACACGAUGUCAAAAUGUGGACCCAAAUGGAAAUGGCGAUGCUUGACACCGGAAACAACAAACUUCCAGAAGGCGUCACUGAAUACAGAAUCCCUAUUCAUUUCAAAGACACACUGAAAACUGAAGGAUUGAAAGUAUUUCAAUCGAUGAUGUUCGAGUCUGGAGAUGCUAAUGAUCUCUGGUGGACAGGUCAAGAAUUCAAGGAUAUGAGAGUGGAAGCAUGCGAACAGAUGCUCAAACACGACGAGAAGGUUUAUGAAGAUUUUCGAAAAGAAGGAUUCGAUGUGGCAAUCGCUCAUUUCCAUGAUUUGUGUCCCCUGGCGAUUGCGAAAAAGAUGAAUGUAAAGAGGGUUAUCUGGAUCACACACGGAACCUCAAUUUAUGAUUUUUCUGCUGUCGAAUUAGGUCUUCGAACUAUUCCAUCUUCGAUCCCUCAUCCACUUUCAUCAGCUGGAUUCUUUCAAUCAUUCUCUGAUCGAGUUCAAAACACACUUUGGCAUCUAUCACUUCUUGAUUUCGUGAAUCUCCCUCAAAAUCUUCUCAUAGAUGAAAACUUAUUUUACAGAGAAUUUGUCGGAAAUGAUCAAGAAGAUCUUUGGGAUUUGGCCAAGACAACAGUUCCAUCCUUGUUGAUCAAUGGAGAUCGAAUGCUUGAUUUCCCACGACCUCUUCCAGUUCAUAUUGCAUUUUCUGGGGAGUUGGGAGUAAGAAAAGGGAAAAAGGCAGUCAUGGAAAAAUGGUUAGAAGAGAUAAUUGAAAAGCCUUCGGAUGGAUUGAUUGUGUUCUCAUUGGGAACAGUAUCAAAUACUACAAAUAUGCCAGCACAGAUGAUAAAUUCGUUCCUUGGCGCUUUCGGAAAACUUAAAUCUUACACUGUUCUCUGGAGAAUGGAAAAAUCAAUUCCCGGAGCUGAAAAGUACGAUAACUUGCAUUUGGUGAAGUGGCUGCCUCAAAAAGAUAUAAUGAGACAUCCAAAAAUGAAAUUGAUGAUUGCUCACGGAGGCUACAAUUCUUUCUUGGAAGCUGCACAGGCUGGAAUUCCAGCUGUACUCAUGCCUCUAUUUGCUGAUCAGAAAAUCAAUGCAAAACGAGCACAAAGAUUUGGAAUGGCUACAGUUUUGGAUAAGUUAGAUCUGACUGUGAACAAAGUUUAUGGAGCGGUUAUGGAAGCAUUGAAACCAGAGUAUUCCAAAAACGCCAAGAAACUCUCUGCGAUGCUAUCGGAUCAAGUAUCAACUGAACCCUAUUACGCACUUCGAUACUCUCUGAAACUUGCCACAAGUCCAAAACCUUCGCUUUUCACAUUGAAAUCCCAGCAUCUUUCUUUUUCUGAAUUCCAUAAUUUGGAUGUUUUGUCUAUAAUUGUUGUAGCCGUUCUUGUUGUUUUCUGUUAG